UGGGAGAGCGGUAGUUUAGAAAUAUACACGGAGGAUUUGAUGUUUGUAAAUGUCAGUCAUGGACAGAACUGAAGAAAGUGUAAUUAGAGGAAUACUAGAGGAAAUUCCAUGCAGAGAAAACCAAAUAAAUUUACUUUGCGACCUUUUUGGAAAGAGAAACCAAUAUACCUGUCCAGCACUGUUUAUAUUCGGCCAUUCAGCAACUGGAAAAUCACUGGUUGUCUCAACACUUCUGAAAAGAUUAGAGCUCCCUCAUGCUGUUGUAAAUUGUGUUGAGUGUUACACGCAGAGAUUGAUGUACGAACAGCUCUUGAAUAAGGUUGCAGGGUAUCAGUCAGGUCCCAGUAAUAACUAUGGAAGCUUUGCCCGUUGUGACAAUACAAAUGAUUUUGUACGGUUACUGAGGUCAGCGAUUGCUGAACAGUGUACACAAGAGGAAACUGUUUACUUAGUGUUUGACAAAGCAGAGCGCCUGCGAGAAAUGGAAAGUAACUUGUUGCCAGCAAUACUGCGUUUGUCUGAGCUCUCAAACUGUAAUGUUUGUGUCAUCCUCAUAAGCCAACUGGUCUGGGGAAAGUUUCGAACAGGAACUGGUUUUGCAGAACCCCUUAUUCUUCAUUUUCCUGACUACUCAAAAGCUGAGCUUCUUGAUAUCGUUUCUCGUGACUGUCCCCCGGGUUAUACUUGCGAAUUCUACUCUUCCUAUGCCAAUCUUUUAAUGAGCGUGUUUUACAUUGCUUGCAGAGACCUCAAUGAAAUUAGACACUUGGCAUUGUUGAAUUUUCCAAAGUAUAUUGAGCCAGUAAUUAAAGGUGAAGUUACAACAGAUAAUGCUCACAAGCUGUGGAGAAACAUUGAACCUCACCUUAAGAAAGCUAUGCACACUGUGUACCUCAGAGAGGUAUCCAGUUCACAGUGGGAAAAAUAUCAGCAGGAGGAUAGUGAGCAGUUUGGUGCCCUCACAUGUUUAUCAACCAGAUCAAAAGUUGAGCUACCAUUCUAUUCCAAGUACCUCUUGAUAGCUGCUUAUCUAGCCUCUUACAACCCAGCUAAAACAGAUAGACGCUUCUUUUCCAAGAACCACGGCAAGAUAAAGAAGUCUGCAUGUCCUAAUCCAAAGAAAGAUAUGAGUAGUCAGCUGCUAGGGCCUAAAGCCUUUCCAUUAGAUCGGUUGAUGGCAAUAUUCUACAGUAUUGUGGAUGCUAAAGUUUCAACCACUGCUAAUAUAUUUUCUCAAAUUUCGUCACUUGUAACAUUAAGUCUAUUAUGUCACGUUGGACAUGAUGACCAGCUGGAUUCACCUCGUUAUAAAUGCACCGUAUCUCUGGACUUCAUCCAAUCAGUUGCAAGGACUGUUAGUUUUGAUAUCAUUCGCUACCUGUUUGACUUUGUGCAGUGAGUAUUAUACUUAUAACCUAUAGAGGGCAGGAUAACAAGAGUCUCAAAUAUUGUACAUGUCGGAAGAGACAAGAAUCGGCUGGUAGGACUUAUGAUGGAAAUAGUAAUUAAUAUUAGCAAUAUCUGUUGAAUUCUGAACUGUGACCACAAUGUUCCCAUUGGUGCGAUAAGUAAUACUAAUAUUUAAUGUUACAUGACCCAAGUGUCAUCAGACUCAAGAGUAACUCGAGUGAAUGCCACCUACAAUGUUUUGGCAGAGUUCUUGAAUUGAAUAUUUUAUUGUGCAUCUAUUGGAGGGUGUACUAAAGCAGAUUACCAUGUAUUGGUGUUCAUAAACCCUGAAGCCGGUUGUCUAACAGUGGCAACCCUAGAGGGAGAUAUGUGGGAUUGUGGCAGUGCUGUGUUUAGACAUGGGCUGAUUCUUAAUACGAUGGAUAAAUAAACUUGCCCAUUCCAA